AUGCGGUCCGUGUUGGGCUUAAUCAGUGUGGUCGCCGCGGCUACUGUGUAUCUGUACCUCCUGUCCUCCUUUCUCCCCCCGGGACGACGGCAGCCAGUCAGGCGAGAUGAAACAGGGGGCAUUACUGGCGACACGGACGGCGACGUGGAGGUCAAAGAAUACAGACUUAAAUUUCCCUCAGAUCUUGAUGACCUCCAAGAGCUGGCCGACACCCUGCAGUUCUACAAGCAGGAGCACUCCACCUACGUCAUGCUGCUCUACUGCAGCGCCUACCUGUACAAACAGUCCUUUGCUAUACCUGGGUCUUCCUUAUUGAACAUUUUGGCAGGGGCUCUCUUUGGGCCUUGGGAGGGCCUGCUUCUGGCCUGCCUGCUAGCCACAGUCGGGUCCACCAACUGCUACUUCCUAUCCCGUGCAUUCGGGAAGCAGCACGUGGUGCGGCUCUUCCCUGAGAAGGUGGCCAUGUUGCAGAGGAAGGUUGAAGAGAACAGGAGCAGUCUCUUCUUCUUCCUGCUCUUCCUGCGCUUCUUCCCCAUGACACCUAACUGGUUCCUGAAUGUCACAUCCCCCAUCCUCAGUGUGCCCGUGCCUCUCUUCUUCUUCUCCGUUCUCAUCGGUCUCAUCCCCUACAACUUCAUCUGUGUGCGCACGGGGGCCAUGCUAUCUGAGAUCUCCUCACUGAAUGACAUUUUCUCCUGGGAGACACUACUGCAGCUGCUGACCAUCGCCUGUGCAGCGUUACUCCCAGGAGCACUGCUUCGCCGCUAUAGCCAUGCCCACCUUAAGCUGGAUACACUGGAGCUGAACGGACACCCUCCUGACAAGGCGGCCAGAUAGCUGGUCCUGCAUAUUCCUAAAGCACUGCUGCCUCCUUGUGGGCAGUGGAAAACUCAACCAGAUAAAAGUCUUAAAUUUAUGAAGCCUAUGUAGGAUGAACUUUGGAUGGCAAAAAAAAAAUAUUUUUGGAAUAUACAGCUUGAGUAGAUUAGACUAGUUUUUUAAUAUUUAUUUUUUAUUUUUUUUAAUUGUUUUUAAGGUACUUGUGUGAUUUGAAAUCGGGUUAAUCAUUAUUAUUUAUCUCAAACACUGGGACAUCAUGGGAGCCCAGGUUUGACUCACCCCAGGCCUGUACUCUGGAGGAUGAGCAUCUGCCUGUCUAAUGAACUUACUUUUUGCUUUCUGCAGUAAUCAUCAAGCUGUGCAUGGUGUGGGGCAUGAUCGCAUGCUCUGUCUACGUCUCCAGUUAACCGUCCCUUCAUGUUUUUGAGCUUAAUUUUUAUUAAAGAAACAUGUUAAAAGUCA